UCAAUAGUCAAGAUACCAACCAAACCAACCUCAAACUCUAUUACUCGGUGUGAGAAUAUUCACCAUUGAAAGAGAAUUUAUGUGUACACAUAAAUUCAUUUACACAUGUAUUUAUGUGUGUACAUAUGAGACAAAUCUUAUCCAUGCCUGUAUGAGAAAAAAAAUUAAUAUCAUUACCUGUCAUUUUGGUGAAUGUUGAGUUUUUUAUACUUAGAAUAAACAAUAUGUAAUUUGUCACAACGUAAAAAUGUUCGAACAACUUUAUCAUAUAAAAAGAAUGUAAAAAAAGCCUAUCAACAAUUGUUAAAUGAAAUUUUUCUGUUAAUUAAAAUAAUCAUUAUUUAAAUUGGUAAAAGUAUAUAUUGGAAUUCUAUAAUUAACGAUAAUGGAAAAUAAAAACAGCAAUAAUUUUAUUAGUUACGUUGGGAUGGAAGAAGAACACGAAAUGCAGCCUGUUGUUCGAAGUCGAAGAAAUUCUAUAAGUGAAAGUAGUAUAAAACUAUUGCCAGGGGAGGUCUCAAUAGCUGAAGCCCACAAUGUUUUACUGUUUUCACCUGUAAGUGAUUUAAAACAAGGAAUUUCAGGAGUACUUGCUGUGACAAAUUUUAAACUUACUUUUAUCACUAGUGAUGACUCAACUCCAGAGGAUAUAAAUCAUCAGCAAAACAAUUUUUAUGGAUAUAUGGACUCGUGUCUAUCAAACAUCGAUGAAGUUUAUUUAAUUACAGGGGACAAAAAAAGAAAAUUAAUACCUGGUAGUAGUGUGCCUUCCAAAGUAAAAGGAAUCUUUAUUGUUUGUAAGAAUUUCAGAACGUGGUCAUUCUCAUUCAAAUUUUCUCCUGUAGGACAUGGCAAAAAUCUUUUAACAACGCUCCUUCAUCAUGCCUUUCCCAGAAAGCAUUAUUUAUUGUUUUCUUAUGAUUACAAGGAAGCAUAUUACAGUAGUUUAGAUAAAAAAAUAAAAUUAUUUCGUACUAUGAUCGAUUGGCAAAGUGAAUUAGAAAGAACGUCUUGUAGCAACGAACAUACCAAAAAAAGUUGGCGAUUAUCUUCAGCUAAUUAUCAAUUUCAAUUAUCUUCAAGCCUUCCUCGAUUUAUAAUUGUUCCAGCAUCUGUAACUGACAGCCAAUUAACGGGAGCAGCCGGACACUUCCAAGACGGUCGACCUCCAAUAUGGUCUUGGUCAAAUAGUCGAGGUGCAGCGUUAGUUAGAAUGUCCGAACUGAUACCGACUGUUACAGAAAGAACACAAGAAAAUAUAAUGUUAGAAAAUAUAAGAAAAAGUCAUCCACAAAAAUUAGCAAUGGCUGUGAUUGAUUUAAAUAAGGACAUUAAUGUUAAGACUGUCGCAGCAGGAUUUUCAAAAUUUGUUACAUUAUGUGCACCAGAAAAUAUAAGGCAAUUUUGGAUGCAAGAUAGUAAUUUUUACUCGACAUUAGAGAGUUCUAAAUGGUUAAAAUUUGUUUCUCAUUGUUUGCAAAAAGCUGUUGAAGCUAGUGAUUACUUAAAUUCUGGAACUUCUGUUAUUUUACAAGAGAGUGCUGGCAGAGAUAUGUGUUGUGUUAUAUCAAGUUUAGUACAAUUAUUGCUAGAUCCUUAUUUUCGAACGAUAACAGGAUUUCAAUCAUUACUUCAAAAAGAAUGGGUAGCUGCUGGUCAUCCUUUUUGUGAUCGAUUAGGUCAUAUCAUUAAACCAAAUGCGGAAAAAUCUCCAAUUUUUCUUCUUUUUCUUGACUGUGUGUGGCAAUUAUGUCAACAAUUCCCCUCUAAAUUUGAAUUUACGGAGACUUAUCUAACCAGUUUAUGGGAUACAGCACACGUUUCAAUAUUCGAAACAUUUAUCUUCAAUUGUGAGAGAGAUCGAUCUGUUGCAACGAUGGAUCCGAAUAAUCUGGUGCUUCGGAGUGUCUGGGAUUGGCGAGAGCAAUUUUCAGAUCAAGAUAUAUUAUUAUUUUAUAGUCCAUUUUUUGAUCCCAAUGAUCCAGAAACGAUUUUAAAGCCUCAGUACAAUUUAUCGUGUUUAGAAUUGUGGACUCAGUGUUAUUUUAGAUGGAUUCCGCCUUUGGAAAUACGCAAUGGCGGAAAAAAUCAUAUUGAACUUUUUACUCGAUUAAUACAAAAUAGUGUGAGCCAGCUUAAACUCAAUUUAAAUGGCAGCUAUAGUUCGCCAAUUGAUAAAAUAAGUACAUUUUUAGUUCAAAUGAACAUAGACAGUUUCUAUCCGUUUGGAAAUAAGAAAUCAGGCAAUACAAUAAGUACUCCAAUAAUGAAUAGCUCAAUGUUAAUGGCAGAAAAUUACAUCGAUUCUCAAUCAUUACUUACUGCACCUGAUUGAUAGUUUUGAACAUUAAUUUAUCAAUAUUCAUGUACAAUUUAUGACUCUUAUUUUUAUUAAUAAGAAUUCAAAUAUUUAUAGUAAUAUAAAAGUUCUUAUGUGCAGGGUAGAACGAGAUACAUAAAAAUCAAUUUUAGAUUUUUCUAAUAGAGCUUUAUAAUUUGUUACAAUUUUAAUAUAAUAGUGAAAUGAAAAAUUGUAAAAAU